AUGAAACAAUUCGCAGUACUAACUUUACUCGUUACUUUGGGAGUUCAGGCACUUCCGGACCGCAGUCCUUAUAUUGUUAAUGGAUAUCCGGUCGCUCAUCAACCAUAUAAUGCAUAUGUUCAAUAUCUGAAUGCAGUGAAUGCAGGAUACUUUGGCGGUGGCUCGAUUAUUUCAAACAGACACAUUAUCACAGCUGCGCAGAACAUUUAUGGAUUUGUCCGAUGGGACAUUGGUCUCGGUAGCAAUGUUUACAAUCAGUUAAGCAUGUUAACAACCACUAUGGCUACCUUUCAUCCUAAUUUUAAUACUGUCACCAGAGCGAACGAUAUUGGUAUAAUUACGUUGAUGAAUGCCAUCAGUUUGACAUCAACUAUAGCUCCGAUUUCGAUGCCGUCUUUGCAAGAACAAUAUCAAUUACCGUUAGAAAAUGAACAGGGAACCAUUGUUGGAUUUGGUUUAACGUCUUCACAAUCCACUGCUCGUUCCGACAUUCUGAUACGAUCGUUCCAGCGAGUUACGGCUGGUGUUCGUUGCCAGCAGUACUACCUGAUCACUAUUCCGAAUCACUUCUGUGCUGAAGAUACCACCGAGAUAUCCAACAUCUGUAACGGUGACAUUGGGGCUGGUUUCGCCACUUACUCGGGAAACAGCCCACUGCUGACUGGUAUAGCGUCGUUAAUUACAAGCAACUGUGCCAGCGGUACCCCGUCCGCAUACACACGAAUCGUUCCAUACAGACAAUGGAUUCAACAAGUGACAGGAGUUUAA